AUGGCCUCGAGUGAGCAAUCGGAAAAGAUCUACGAUUUUAUCGUAUGUGGAGGCGGCACGUCCGGCUGUGUGGUCGCGGGCCGACUUGCAGAGGAUCCCAACGUCAGUGUGUUGGUCAUCGAGGCUGGCCAGCACAAUGAGAACCUGGAGAAUGUCCAUAUGACCGGAGGCUGGUCCAAGAACUUCGACAGCGAAACCGACUGGAAUAUCAUCUCCGAGAAGCGCCCUGCCGUCAAUGAUCGCCAAGUCAAGUUGAGCCGAGGAAAAUUCCUCGGUGGCUGCUCUGGAUGCAACGGCACGUUGUGCAUUCGCGGGUCCCGACAGGAUUACGACGACUGGGGUCUUGACGGAUGGAGCGGCGAUGAGUUCUUCAAGUACAUGGCCAAGGCCGAAACCUUCCACACCAAGCCUUGGUUCAACGAGACCAAGGAGGAGCACGGCUACGAUGGCCACCUCCACGUCGAGCCCCACGAUCUCGCCCCCAUCUCGAAUCUCCUGAUGGAGUCCAUGGUCUCCAAGGGUCUCCCCCUCGACCAUGACAUGUUCACGCACGGAAACAACCCUCACGGCUGCGGACACGUCCCGCGAUCAGUUUACAAGGGCCUCCGAACCACCGGCGCCGACUUCAUCACGAGGGAGAACGAGAAGAAGAACAUCGAUCUCCUCGUCGAGACGCACGUCGACAAGGUCAUUAUCGAAAAGGACGCCGACGGCGAGCUCAAGGCCACGGGCGUCAGGGCCGUCAAGGCAGACGGCACCGUCGUCGAGAUCAAGGCCCGGAAGGAGGUCAUCGUCAGUGGCGGUUCGUACUGCAGCCCCAACAUCCUCAACCGCUCUGGCAUUGGUGCCAAGGACGAGUUGGAGAAGCAUGGCAUCACCACCCUCGUCGAUCUCCCCGGCGUCGGAAAGAAUCUGAUGGAUCAUUUGAUUGUCUUCAUCUUCUACGAAACCGAGAAACCCGGUCUCACGAAUGACUACCUCGUCUACCACGGCAACGCCCUCGAAAAGACCUACGAGCAAUGGAAAAAUGAAAAGACCGGCUUCCUCUCCACCUUCCCUUUCGGCAUCUUCGCCUUUGCGCGUCUCGAUGACCGCCUCGCCGAUUCCGCCGUCUGGAACGCCGCCCCGCGCGAGCCCGGUCGCGACCCCAUGGGCCUGACGCCGAAGCAGCCCAACAUUGAGUUCUUCUCCACCGAGUGCUACGGCGGGCCGAAGCAGUUCGACAAGUUCCCCGGAGAUGGCCAGCACGCUUUCAGUAUCAUUGCUGAGCUGUUCGCGCCCAAGUCGCGAGGCACUGUUACUCUCCGCAGCGCGAACCCCGCGGAUGGUCCCAUUGUAGACUGCAAUUACCUUGCCGACCCGCUCGAUGUCGAGGUUUUGGCCGAGGCUUGCCGGUUCGGCAACGAGAUUGUCACGCAGGGCGCCGGGACCAAGGAUAUCGUCAAGGGUUCGUGGCCGUCUGAUUUGACGCAUCAUACCUACAGCUCCAGGGAGGACUGGAUCCCCUACGUGAGGGAUAACGCGACUACUUGCUACCAUGCGGCGGGCACUUGUGCCAUGGGCAAGGAAUCUGAUCCUAAUGCCGUCGUCAACGAGAAGCUCUUCGCCAAGGGCGUCAAGGGCCUCAGGGUUGCCGACUGCAGCGUCAUGCCGACUUUGAACGGUGGUCACACUCAGAUUCCAGCGUUCGGAAUUGGUGAGAAGGCCGCUAGCCUCAUUAAGGAGACCUGGGGCUUGAAGUCGGCUUAA